AUGUCAUCAAAGUCUUCUCCGCCGACAGAUCCUUCAUGGACCACCUCGCUCGGAAAAGCGCUCUCACCUCGUUCAGAAUGGCCAGACAAAGAUGAGUUGCUGGAUGUUGUCUACUGGGGAAAGCAGGUUCUCUCGCUUCUCGUCGGUCUUGUCUUCGGAUUCACUCCAAUGACGGGUCUUCUCGGAAUCAUCUCAUACGUCGUCAUAUCAUCAGUCGUCGCUCAACACUACGUCACAAAAUUCCAAAAGGUUGACGAAGAAGAUGUCGGAGGAUUCUGGGAACUCUCGAAAGAAGGAUUCGGUGCUGCAUUCGCUACAUACAUGCUAUCAUGUUCUGUUUUCGAUGCUCUCAAUGAUAUCUCCAAGGACUCGGAUCCUCAAGGAAUGUGGACAAUAGUCCCUGCUAUUUUGAAGCUUCCAGAAGUUUCUGAUUGGACUAUUGUUGCUGAAGACACUUCUGAAAUUAAUAUAAAUCAACUUGAGAAGUUUACAAAGAGUAAAUCAUCAGCUGAUAUGGUAUUCAGUGGUUUUGGUCUGAAAGACAAAGAGCCAACAAUCAUUCACCAUUUUGGAAUGAAUUCUCCAGAAGGGUUCAAAUAUCCUUUGAUUUCUGCUGGUUUUAUUUUAUCAAAAAGUCUUGUUGAAGUGAUAAGAGAAGUUGAUAGCCAGGAGAGAUGGUCUGGUUUUGCUAUUGAUGCGAAAUAUGAGUUUGCUCUUCUCAUUCAUAAAUGGAGCAGUGUUCUCAUGGAUCACGAAUCUUCGUUCUUUUGCUGUGGGGACCCUUCUGAAACAUGUAUCACUAGUUGCUCACCUCCUCCAACUGACACUAAUUCCCUUCUCGACUCAGAUAUCCAUGUGAUGAUUAAAACUUUCAAAGGUCAUCAUAAAAGUCGAAUUUCGGUUCUGAAAAACACUUGGACAAGUGAGAUAACUCGGUUAGAGUACUGUAGUGAUGUGGAGGAUCCAACGAUUCCAAGUAUUGAUUUGAGAAUUGGAAAUACGGAAAGAGGUCAUUGUGCAAAGACAUGGGCUAUCUUUAGAAGAUUCUUGGAGAAAACUGGAACGGGAGCAAAGUGGUUGUUGGUGGCAGAUGAUGAUACGUUGAUGAGUUGGAAGAGGUUGAAGAUGAUGUUGCAACUGUAUGAUCCAGAUGAUAAGAUUAUAAUAGGAGAACGAUACGGAUUUGGAUUUAGUAUGAGCGGCGACACUGGUUAUGACUACCCAACUGGAGGCUCUGGAAUGAUAUUCUCCCGUUCUGCAGUCGAAUCACUUCUCCAAACCUGUCCAUCGUGUGCUGCAGACAAUGAUCCUGAUGAUAUGACAAUUGGAAUUUGUGCAGUUACUUCUGGAAUUCCAAUCGUCCAUGAGUCUCGUUUACACCAAGCAAGACCUCAAGAUUAUGCUCCAGAAUACCUUCGUGAUCCGAUUUCUUUUCAUAAGUUUACAGAUAUUGAUCCAGUUUCAAUUUACUAUAGUUAUUUGGUAGAUUUUGAAGAUCUUAUCGAAAGAGAAAAACAUUUUAUUAAAACUGAACUCUAG